GCUGGCAGCAGCAGCACUAGGGUAGGAGGAGAGUCCUGCCUGUGUGUCUGAGUGCAGGGUGCGGCUGUACAGUGCGACAGCAGACCCCCAAAAAGCAGCCCAGUCACCCACAGUGACAUCCAAGAAGCCCAGAGGGGAUCUGGGGUCUGAUCACUGGGAAUCCUACAUCUCCAAACCACCCCUUCCCCUCACAGCCCUGCUCAGCCCUGUCCCCCACUCACCACCCCUCUUCAUCUCCUCCCACCAGGACUUUUUAAUCCCCUUACGGGUUUUUUUUUUUAACUAUUUAUUUUAUUUUUCUUGAAUUGCCCCUCCUCCAGGAAACAAGAAAAGCAGAAGAAGAAGGAGCCCCAGAGAGAGUUACAGAGGAAACUUAUCAUCAUUUCUCUUGGAACUUCUACAAAUCUUUUGUGUGAUUCUAAUUUUUUUUUGUUUUUGUUCUAAUCCUCUUUCUGGAAAUCCAUCUGGUUUGAUGUUUUCUGGUAGAAGAUAGAGGAAGCUAAGUUAUUUGCCGGUAAAUGCAAAGGAGAAAUUCCGGUUGGAUUUAUUUUCAGAUAAAGAAGAAAAAAACAAAAAACAAGAAACCCACAUUGGACUUUCAGAGGGAAGUGGAAUUAAGGAGCUGAGAGAUCUUCCAAAAGUCAGAUAAGAAAGGUUGCUGACUUACGCUUGCCGGAACUUCAGAAACUGAUGCUUGCUGUCACACUGUGAACUGGAGAGAAGAAACUAGGAAGGGCCGUGUCAGCGGGCUAUCUCCAUCUAGCUGUGAGCGGCAGUGUGUGCUGAUGGAAGUGCACGGAUACCCCACACAGCAACACAUCAACGCGCCCCUGUCUCCUAGAUUUCUGUAAAGCACUGUGAACAAGUCGUAGAGUUCAGAGCUCCUAAUGUUGGCUUUGCAAGCUCAGGGAGGAAACAGCAGGGAGCAAGCAACUGAGAGAAGCAAAUAGCUGCAAAUUCUUCAUGUUCCAGUUUUCUGCGACAGACGAGGCCCUUGGUCAUUGAGCUGGGACUGAAUGCCUGAAAAUGACUGCAAAGAGGAACCUGUUUGUGCGGUUGGUGCCCUGCCGGUGUUUGCGGGGAGAGGAAGAAACUGUGACCUCACUUGACUACUCUCACUGCAGCCUGGAGCAGGUGCCGAAAGAGAUUUUCACAUUCGAGAAAACCUUGGAGGAACUGUAUUUGGAUGCCAACCAGAUUGAAGAGCUUCCCAAGCAACUAUUCAACUGCCAGUCUCUGCACAAGCUGAGUUUGCCAGACAAUGACCUAACAAUAUUGCCAGCAUCCAUAGCAAAUCUCAUUAAUCUCAGGGAACUAGAUGUCAGCAAGAAUGGUAUUCAGGAGUUUCCAGAAAAUAUUAAGAAUUGUAAAGUUUUGACAAUCGUCGAAGCAAGCGUCAAUCCAAUUUCUAAACUCCCAGAUGGGUUUUCCCAGCUGUUAAACUUGACUCAGUUAUACCUAAAUGAUGCUUUUCUUGAUUUUUUGCCAGCUAAUUUUGGCAGGCUUACUAAACUUCAAAUUUUGGAGCUUCGGGAGAACCAGCUGAAAAUGUUACCAAAAACUAUGAAUAGACUUACACAGCUCGAGAGACUGGAUCUCGGAAGUAAUGAAUUCACAGAAGUGCCUGAAGUACUUGAACAACUAAGUGGUCUGAAGGAAUUCUGGAUGGAUGGCAACAGACUAACAUAUAUCCCAGGGUUCCUUGGAAGCUUGAAGCAAUUAACAUACUUAGAUCUUUCUAAGAACAACCUAGAAAUGGUAGAAGAUGGAAUCUCGGGGUGUGAGAGCUUACAGGACCUGCUGCUAUCCAGCAAUGCUGUGCAACAGUUACCGGAGUCUAUCGGUGCACUGAAGAAACUGACAACUCUGAAAAUAGAUGAAAACCAGCUCAUGUACUUACCAGACUCCAUUGGAGGGCUGGUUUCCCUUGAAGAGCUGGAUUGCAGUUUCAACGAGAUUGAAGCUUUACCUUCCUCCAUCGGGCAGUUUUCUCAGAUACGGACAUUUGCUGCUGACCAUAACUUCUUAUCACAGCUUCCCCCAGAGAUUGGAAACUGGAAAAACGCCACGGUUUUGUUCCUGCAUUCUAACAAACUGGAGUCUCUUCCAGAGGAGAUGGGAGACAUGCAGAAACUCAAGGUCAUUAAUUUGAGUGACAACAAACUGAAGAACCUGCCCUUUACUUUCACAAGACUGCAGCAGCUCACUGCAAUGUGGCUGUCAGAUAAUCAGUCCAAGCCGCUCAUCCCGCUGCAGAAGGAGACUGAUCAGGAUACACAGAAAAUGGUCUUAACCAACUAUAUGUUCCCGCAACAGCCAAGGACAGAUGACCUGAUUUUCUCUUCAGACAAUGAGAGCUUUAACCCCUCUUUGUGGGAAGAGCAGAGAAAGCAGCGAGCCCAGGUAGCCUUUGAGUGUGACGAUGACAAGGAUGAGCGGGAGGCACCACCACGGGAAGGGAACUUGAAGAGAUAUCCUACGCCGUACCCCGAUGAGUUGAAGAAUAUGGUGAAGACCGUUCAGACUAUUGUGCACCGGUUGAAAGAUGAAGAAAAGGCAGAGGAAGCCAAUAGAGAAAUGAAGCAGAAUGAAGCCAAACAGCUGUCCAUGAAGGACGUAGGCGUGAAGACAACAGAGCCGGUCUCAGCUAAAAACGAAUGUGAAGAGAGGGAGAAACUCAUUGUGGGGAACUGUGUUCAGAAACCCGGUGAUGCGGAAACUGAAAAUACCAUUGGAAAUUCACAACCUACCACUCUAGUUAAAAAUUUUUGGAAUACAAAAACAGUUGUUAACCAUAAUGAGACACAUGAGCAGGAGUCAGAAGACCUGUCUUAUGAUGAGGAAAUGAAGAUGGCCGAGAUGCGGCCACCACUCAUAGAGACUUCUAUGAACCAACCAAAGGUGGUAGCACUGAGCAACAACAGGAAAGAUGAUACUAAAGAUGCAGACUCUUUGUCAGAUGAGGUGACCCACAACAGUAAUCAGAACAAUAGUAAUUGUUCCUCACCAUCCCGUAUGUCCGACUCUGUCUCCUUAAACACUGAGAGCAGCCAUGACACCUCUCUGUGUUCUCCAGAGAAAGACUCUAGCAUUGCAAUGAGCUUGAAAUUAAGACAAGAAGAUGAAAAUUUAAACAAUCUUUUGCAUAAUGGGGGCAAAUUAAAUGCAGAGAGAGAAAUUGCGGAGAUCCCAUCACCAAACAAUGAAGAGAAUAUCAUUCGGGAGAAAAGAGCAAAUAACAUCACAGAGAUACCACACAACUUGAACCAAAUAAACAUAAACAAUAACCUAACAAGCGAUGGUAGCGUUCAGUCAGAUUCCCUAGAGAGGUCACUGAUCUCACAGGAGGAGGUACCAGGAAAGGGGUUUUCAAACAACAAUGAGAAAGAAGAGACGGAAGUCUUGGAGAAUAGGAUAACGUACCCUGAUGUGUGCGCCAUGAAUAAGGUUAACGGGCAUUCGCCGGAUGAGCAGACGUCUUCGGAUAUGAGUGACCCAGGAAGGAGGGCAUCCGAGGAUUCAGUGCCUUCUUUUGAUAUGUGUGUUUCAAAGAGCACUGAUGACCUCUCUCCACAGCUCGGAGACUCCAUGGGCUCUGUCGGGAAAUCACACAGCGUAACCAACGUCGACACUGGAGCACUGAGGAUCUACGAUAUCCUCAGCGACAGUGGCUCUCCACAGAUGUCCUAUGUCGGGAAACCUGCUACAGCAGGAGUGGAGGGACAAAGCAUUGUUAGGAGCAAGUCUGCAACUCUUCUUUAUGAUCAGCCAUUGCAGGUGUUCAAUUGUUCAUCUUCCUCUUCAGAUCUUGUAUCUACUGGAAAGAAAAGCGUUUUCAAAUUUGACUCCAACCAUAAUCCAGAGGGACUAUACACAAUGAGGGGUCCCCCGGUGUCUCAGAUGAUUGCUGUGCCUCAAUAUAAUGUGCAGUACAGUAGUAGUAGUGCUACUGCCAAAGACGGUCUGCUUUUGCACAAACAAAGUACCCCUAUAGAACAGGGGGGGUUGCCUCCUCCACGCUUCCAUAUGUCUGACAGUGUAGACAGUCCCAAUUAUGUCAAACACUCUGCCAACAUGAAUUUCUCUAAUCACAAUAACGUAAAGUCAAGUAACAUGUACAGUGUGCAACAGAGGAUGGGACCAAGACAUGUGGAAGCAUGGGCCAUGUCCCCAAAUGAUCGGAUAAUCCAGGGAGCAAGUCGUAACACCCUUCAAAGACAAGGCAGUGUCUCCUCCAAUGCCUCCAUGUCUCUGGGUGAUGCAGGACCUGGAAGGAGGGUUCUUGUACCAGAAGGUGACUAUAUGACAUACAGAGAAUUACAUUCAAUGGGCAGACCACCACACAUGAUGUCAGGUCCGCAGAGACCCCUGUCAGCCAGGACAUACAGCAUUGAUGGCCCCAAUGUACCCAGACCUCAAAGCGCACGUCCUUCUGUUCAUGAUAUUCCUGAGCGAACAAUGUCUGUCAGUGAUUUUAACUACUCUCGGACUAGUCCCUCAAAAAAGCCAAAUGCUAGAGUUAAUUCAGAGCACUCGUUAUUGGACCCUCAAGGCAGGAGUAAAGUCCCUCAUGAUUGGAGGGAACAGGUCUUGCGGCACAUAGAGGCGAAGAAGCUAGAGAAGAGCAUGCUGUCACGGUCCUUUAAUUCCACUUACACUGCUAGCAGCUCUCUGUAUGGCAGCUCUAGAGAACUGCAUGGCAGUCAGGGCAGUGUUGCCUUGAGUCUUGCUGACAGAAGAGGUUCUGGUGUUCACAUAUUUCGUCAUCCUACGGCUGGCAGCACUGGUGAACCUGCUCAGGAUGAUGUGUUCGGGCCCGGCCCGCAAAACUACUCCACCCUUGUCCACAAAGACAAUGCUACUGAUAGUGGGAAAAAGAUGCAUAUGAGCAAUGGGCAAAUGAGCCAACCAUCAAGGUCACAGGGCAGCUACAGCCAGCACCAUCCACACCCUGCGCAGCCAGCUGUGAUCCGAGUAAGACUGGUGAAGGAUCCUGAGCUGGGCUUUAGUAUAUCAGGAGGCGUUGGUGGUAGAGGAAAUCCCUUCAGACCUGGUGAUGAUGGAAUAUUUGUGACGAGAGUGCAGCAGGAAGGACCAGCAUCCAAACUGCUGCAGCCUGGGGAUAAGAUAGUACAGGCAAACGGUUACAGUUUCCUGAACAUAGACCAUGGGCAGGCAGUGGCGCUGCUUAAGAAGUUUCAGGGUGCUGUAGAGCUGAUUGUGUUGCGGGAUGGCGCUGUGUAAAUGAGGCAAAAAAAAAAAAUGAAUGGAGAGCCAGCAAUGUGUCAAGAGACUAAUUCUUAUCAAAACUAUUUUUCUAUGUAUAUAAGAGAAAAAAAAACAGCUUGGAGAGAAAAGCAGGAAACAUGCACUUGGAUUUUGAUAAAAAGAAAAACAGUUUGUACACAGAUGAAUAGUCACACGUGUGGUUUAGGGGAGUGAAACCACUGCAGAUAAAGCGGCCGGGUUCUGACGCCUUGCUGCUCGGUGUUUGAUACGUCUCGCCUACAAGAACAAACCUGUAUUGUUUUUGUACAGAAUGUAGGUUUAUUUUUGGAUAAUGUGCAUUACUAAAACCCUGUAAGAUAAAAAUGAGCCUCAAUUGUAGCGAACAUGUGAGCGACAGGGCUGCCUCUGUGUGAGCCUGUCUCCUAUCACACCUGGUAUCACUUCUUUCUGUUUUGUGGGUUUGUUUUGUUUUUUAAAUCCAAACCACUUAUGUAGAGUUGGACAGGAGAAUUAUGGCUUUGCUAUGUGUACGUGGUAUAGGUGAAUGGUUAUGCCAAGUUGUGCAUCCGGUCAGCUAGGUAAUGUAGCCACCUGUCCUAUUUGGUUUCUAUGACCAUGCAGGAAAUAAGUGCUCUUCCUCUGAGGGGUCUUGAUAUUGAAAGCUUUUUUUUUCUAAAGGCACCAACAGCAUCGUUUGUUUUUUUUAGUACUCUCUAUAUCAACAUCCUUAGGUAUUUGAUAUGUUUAAAGCACAUUUUUGGUUUUGUAAAAACAUUUUGUAUGCUGUUUUUAAACCGAGUUAUAUAUUUUUUUUAAUUGAAAUAAUUUCAUGGGAAUGUGUGUUUACAUAUUUUAUUAAUUUGUUCGUCAGCUUCUCACAUGCUACAUGAAAGAUCUUUUAACUUGCUAGGCUAGGCCUGGGUGGUACUAGAAAACAAUGGUAGAUUAGCCUAAACUAGCAGCAUUUGUUCAUGGUGCCUGAUUACUGUCUUUUAAACAUAUAUUUCCAAAGUUAUCAUGAUCAGCAAAUCCCUCUCGGAAUCACCUUGAAUUCUUUUGGGCUGAGUACCCCAGAUUGCCUCAGACAGGUGCCAUAGAGGCCAAAGCCUUGGUUAUACAGUAGUUUGGCAGCUUUCAUUAUUAUUGCUAUACAACAGAGACUGUGUAGAGAUGGUGACACUACACCUGCAUCAGCUCACUUUCCACAUGGGACAGAAUGGCCUCUUGCCUUGCUAAAUGUCAGUGAUUGGUGCUAGGUAACCAAAGCAAGUGUGUGAUGGAAACAUGGCGGAAUGCUCAAGCAUUCUAGAAGAUAGCGUCAGAGUUUCAGGAGGGUCCUGUGGACCUUUCAUUUUAAUGGCAGCAGUUAAAGGGCUCUUUCUACAGGGAACAUUGAAAUGUGAAAAUACAUGCGCUAGAGUCAUUAAAGGGUUUUUAACUAUAUACUGUUUAGUGAAUUACCACAAGCUGCCUUUGUUCCUUAUUAAUGUAAAUAUUUCUUGCUAUGAUUUGGUUCAUAAAGGAACAUUGUUCAUCGAUCUUCAUUUCUUUUGUGGCUCUGGUGUAAAUGAGUAGGGAUUGCAGUGCUUCUUAAUACGUGAUUAUUAAAGACCAGGGAUAAGUGCCAUAGAUGACCAAUAACUGUUUAUUUUAGGGCUGAUUGUCUUUGUUUUUAUUAGAUCAAUAUUGUAUUAUGACAGUUUAUUUUUUUAUGUUACUUAUAAUGUGUGUGGGUCAUUAACACAGCCCUAAACCUGUGUAAUUAAACAAUACUGUAAUUUAUUUUUCUGAAUCAAUAGCAGCCGCAAUUAUCAAUCCUGAUUGUGAGGUAUUACCAGGUGGAUUUUUAGCAAAGCAAGAGCGAUACACUGUAUCUGAUCAUGAAGUCAUUCUGCACUUGGAUGUAACAGCAAAGAGAAUUGUAUUUGUUUCUGAGUGUAAAAUUGUAACGUUCAGAAACAAACCCUGUAACAGCUAUUCAUAUUCUCAUUUAGCAGAGUUUCACAUUUGUUUACAUAGGAAGUGACUAUUUUGGAAUAUAACCACAGAAAUUUGCCGUAUUUUGUUAGUGUACAUGCGGAUCGUGUAUAGAUAUGAGCAAAUAGUAAUACAGACCUUCAUGAUUUUAGCAUUUCUUUUUUAAAGCCGUUAACUAAACAGAGGAACAUUUUUAUUUUAUUUUUUUAUUUUUAUUUUUUAACAUGGCGUACAUUUCAUAUGGUGGAGAGUUUAGGUUCUCCCAGCAAUUUUAUCAUUUUAACGUCUGUAGUUUUAUUGCAUCAGCAGAUUAUUAUCCUCAUUCUUUCCCACGUUUUAAACCAUUUUACUUCUUUUUUUGUGUGAGAGCACAACUGAAACCAAUGUAGGGGGUGUGUGGUUGUGAAUCCGAAUGACCUAUGCAUAUAAAUGGAUUUCUAGAUGCCUUGUGGCAAUACAUUUGCAAUAUGUUCAUGAACUAACAAUACAGCGCACUGUUCCUGGAAUGCGGCAUUCGCUGCAGUAGUGGGCACUCUGUAGUCCUUGGAGGCACUGGACAGGCCUGCAGCACAUUUUCAGCCCAGUCUCCUUGGGAGUCCUCCUUUUGGACUCUGCUGAUGUUAAUCUGUUUUGUAAACUGUUCUUUUCAUUUGUAUUAGCAUUUCUGUGUUUUCCAGGUACCAGAAAGAUUCAGGCACCUUACGGAUAUAAUACAACGGGGGGGGGGGGGGAAUAACUCUUCUACCACUUCAUUCCCAAAUGUGUUUUUUAAAAUGGUGUCCGAUAGGAGUCGGAGGUAUGCUAAAACAAUGCACAGUGUGGUGUGUGUGUACUGUUUAAUACUGCAAACUUGUGUACAGUGUAUUGUGGUAUCCGGGCCACCGGACUGGUUUAUAUAAACCCCAACUAUGCAGACAUGCGCACAUGGAAAUAUAUUUGCAUCAAAUGCACAUCGCACAUCAUCAUUGUCUUGUAAUCAGAGGUCAAUUAAGUUCAACUGCAAAUCUCCCACUAUUUAUUAUGUAAAUAGCAUAUUCAUUUUUUUGUUUGGACUGUGUUUCAAAGAAAUAUGUACAUACAUUGUAAGGCCUUCUAUGAACUGCAAAACAUAGCAAUAAAGCAAAGACUGAAAUCGAGCCCAGCUUUCAUGGUUAGGUAUGCUGUGAGAUUUUAUUUUUCAUGGAAUCUUUUUGUCAACAGCAAUGUAAUGUUUUAAUGAUCAGCAUUUAUUCAACAUUCCAAUUUUGUAUAUAAGUCAACUGUUUCUCAAGUAACACAUGCAAAUUAGAAAAUAAACUAAUGCUCUUACAAACUU